AGCUAUCAAAUUACAAUUGUUGUUUAGAUUUAUUGUGUUUGUAUUUAAAAGUUGUUAAAUUUUUGUGUUAGCCAUGACGGACUCGGAGCAGACUGCCUGGAUACACUGGUACUGCAAGCAGCGUGGUCACGAGUUUUUCUGUGAGGUUGACGAGGAUUACAUACAGGAUAAGUUCAAUUUGAGUUUUCUCGACUCGAAUAUCACCAACUAUCGGCGUGCUUUGGAAGUGAUCCUCGACUUGGAUACUGGCUCAGGCUCAGAUGCACCACCCGAGGCAGAGCUGGAGCAGUCGGCAGAGAAGCUAUUUGGCCUGAUACACGCACGGUUUAUAUUGACCAAUCGUGGCAUUGAUAUGAUGCUGGAGAAGUAUCAAAAGAGCGUCUUUGGCAUUUGUCCGCGUGUCUAUUGUCAACGACAGCCAGUGUUGCCCGUUGGCUUGAGUGAUAAUCCUGGCGAGGAUAAGGUGCGCAUCUUUUGUCCCAAAUGCAAUGAUGUCUAUGUGCCGAAGUCGACACGACAUUCAACCAUCGAUGGCGCCUUUUUUGGCACCGGUUUUCCACACAUGCUCUUGAUGGUUAAGCCGGAAGUGAGGCCGAAACGGUCCAAGCAAAAGUUUGUGCCAAGGCUAUAUGGCUUCAAGAUCCAUCCGAUGGCCUACAAGCCGCUCCUUGAACCUUAUUCCGCCUCAUAUAAGGAUCAGCAGCAUGCAGAUGCCGAGUCUAACUGAAUAUCAUUCUUAAUGCUUCUUUCGAUCGCAUGCGACCAAAAUUAUGAUAUGUUUUUGUCUUUUGCAUUACGGAAAGAAUCUCAUUAAAAUCGCAUUCAUAAUUA